UCCCCUGGCAACACGUCGACACCUUCCCCUUUAAUGUCCCCACCUGCCUCCACGUGCGCAGGUGUAUCAGCGACUAAUUGUUCCUGUUCAGGAGGAAGGCGUAACUGUUCGAGUUUCCGGCCAGCUCGUGAGGCGGAAGUGCAAAGAGAGAUAGUUGCGCAGCUCACCUGGCGGCAGGUAAACACGCAAAAGCGACUGAACAAAGGAAAGAGAAUGAACCCAAUACCUUCCAAUUUGAGGUCUGAGGCAAAGAAGGCUGCCAAGAUCCUGAGAGAAUUUACGGAAAUCUCCAACAGAUAUGGACCAGACAAACUUAUCCCUGCUCAUGUCAUAGCAAAGGCGGAGGGUCUGGCCAUCAUCUCUGUCAUCAAAGCUGGCUUCAUGAUCACUGCCAGAGGAGGCAGUGGAAUCGUCAUUGCCAGACUCGCUGACCGAAGUUGGUCAGCACCCUCAGCCAUCGGUAUUGCCGGCCUAGGCGGAGGAUUUGAAAUUGGGGUGGAAGUGUCGGAUCUGGUGAUCAUCCUGAAUCAGCGCAGAGCCAUCGAGGCCUUCACAAAGGGCGGGAACCUGACGCUGGGCGGGAACUGCACCGUCGCUGUGGGACCUGUAGGCAGGAAUGUGGAGGCGGAUGUGGCUCUGCGGAGCACUGCGGCCGUCUUCACCUACUGCCGGUCCAGAGGUUUGUUUGCUGGCAUUUCUCUGGAGGGGUCCUAUCUGAUUGAACGCAAGGAGACCAACCGCAAAUUCUACAGGCAAGAAAUCCGGGCUUCAGCCAUUCUGAAUGGAGACGUGGAUCCUCCUUCAGAGUGUGCUGACCUUUACCACAUCCUGGACAUCUACGCCGAGGCUUACUGCACUGACUGGGCCAACAAGAACAAGCCUUCCCCCGUUCGCCCCUCCAGAUCUUCUGCUGCUUCUUCUUCUGCACCCAAACCGUCCAGCUCCCAGAGGUUGACAGCUUCAUCUGCAGGGAAAAAUGCCCUUUACCCAAGCGUCUCUGCUUAUAAAUCUGAUACUUCAAAGUCAUGGUUUGCAUCAGGCGGGGCCAGUGGACCAGUGAUUGUCACAGCAAUUCACCAAUACACCGCGGCGCAGCCUGGCGACUUGAGCAUCGUCCCAGGGGACAAGAUCACCGUCAUCACCAGGACAGAGUCCCAGCAUGACUGGUGGGAGGGGAAACUGGACGAUGGGCGGGUCGGGAUUUUUCCCGCCAACUAUGUUACGUUCUAAUGCUGCCUUCUUGUGGUCUGCAGGAUGUAAAGCCUUAAGAUAUUAAAGAGAGAUGACACAUUUUUAAGAACAUUUAGAUUUUUUUCUUAAGAAAUGUUAAGUAUUUUUAAAACUGAGUUUAUUUAUCAAAAAUGAGCAUAUUGUUAGAUAAAACAAUGUUUAUCACAAGCUACCAAACAAUAUCUCUUUUAUACUAGGUGAAGAAAAAUUUGAAUGUUUUCCAUCUAUUUCUUUUUUUAACUAAACUGUUACUAUUACUAAAGCUGGUGUAUGGAUCUUUAAUUCCCUUCCAAGUUUGCAGCAUUUUAUAUUUAAUACUUAUUGUAAUGCCUUGCUUCUCCGUUAUGGACUUAUGUAGUCGGGUUGUUUUUGUAUUGAAUCAGUUUUCUAAAAGUAACACUCACAGGGCUAGACUUUGUAAAACAUUGUUACUUCUGUUAUUUUUGGGUGUAAGUACUGGGAAUAAAGUUGCGUUCACUUUUAAUUUUUUUUUUUGCUGAAACAGUGUUUUAAGCUUCAGCUUUUUGAGAUGUUACAGUUUUCACCAUUAAAUGUUUUUGCAAUGAAGGAAAUGCUUGGAGCUGCUACUGGAUUUUUUUAAGGUGGAUCCGGGACUAAACCUGUUUUUGUAAAGUUAACAUGUGUUCUUAAUGACAAAGAAGAGUUUGAAUAAAUCUGAAAUAAAAAUAAAAAA